CAUGUCGUAUAAUAGAAAAUGGUUGGUGAAAAUUGUAUUAACUUUGUGUCUCAAAUAACUCUAAUGUAAACCGUGAUCUAGAUGACUUUAUUUAAUUUUUUUAUAAAGUUUUAAGUGAUUGACCACAUAUACCGACAACAUGGACGACAGUAGCGAUUCUGAAGAGUUUUUUGAUGCUGAAGAAUUCACGCCUGUCAAGGGUUCGAAGAGAUCCUCAUUAUGUAAGAGUAUCAGUUUGUCAGAGAAGAGUAAUGGUGAAGAUAAAACGAGCAAAGCUGAAGAGACGCCACAAGUGGUUGCAGCCAGCACGCCCAUAGAAACAGUUCAGGAAGAUAGGAAUACAGUCAAAAAUGUGGUGCAAGAAAGACGACGUUUCCAGGAGUUGAGGAGAUGCAUGCAGACGGAGGAGGAAGAUGAGCCGGAGGCGGGGGCACCACUGGCAGCACCCAUGGAACACCCCUUCAAAAUAAUAUCACACGACACAAUGAGUCUUCAGAGCAUGACGUCACUUGGUAGGAUCGGGAGAAUUCUAAGCGGAGCCGCUGAAUCGCAUCCGAAUAUCCGAGAUUCCACGCACACAGUGACCGCGCCCCGGGAACUCUCACACGUCACUGACGAACCCAUCAUGGUGGAUAGGACGCAAAGCGUGGAGCCGGAUGUGAUCGCCAGCACCAAGGCGAACAGUUUGAAGGUAUGCCGCGGGACCACCGUCAGCGUUAGCGCCCCACGAGCUGGUCCUAUAGCGCCACCUAGGAGAAGAAAACGAAACAAACUUCACGGCUCCCAAUCCCUGUCUACGACCGACGGGGACAAUCUCAGCGUCUGCACAACAGACACUGAUGAUAUCGGUUACAUGAGGAGGAUAGACAAACCGCAGCUAGAGACUCUGAUUGUUGAGCCAGCGUCUUCGGUAAGCGCGGCGUUACCGAGUCCCGCCAGCACCAUCGAGUCGCUCACCAGAGAGUUCAGAGACGAACUGGAACUGUCCACCAAAUACGCGGAUUCUUCAAUAACUCGCGAGUCUCGUGAUUCUACUCUGAAGCCCCAUUCCACGCUGGACAUUCGGGAGGCCGUUAAAGGAGAUUAUGUGGUGAAGCCUCAGGAUGAAGAGAAAGCUUAUAGUGGUGAUAGUAUCGAGGCCUCUUGCGGCACCGGCAGGACUCACAGCGAGGGCCGGCCACCGACGGGCACCUCCAGCUUAGGAUCGGUCUCCAAACGUACAGAGUGCCGCGCACGUCGGCGCUCGGCCGGGGAUUCCCCUCAGCACGCCGCGCGACCGCUCUCAGACAUGGAAAUACUGGAACAGGUCACCGUGCUCAACCUGGACACAGGUGAGCGCAUGCCUCUCAGCGUGGCCGAACACAAGCUCCCUCAGUGCAUCAACCCUCUCAGUCUGCACAUCAUGAGGCUCACUUCGGAGUACAUCGGGCGGACGAACGACGGCGAGAACACCAGAGAAACUGAUGAAGAGAGUGAGAGUGUGUGUGUGGGGGCGGAGCAGGAGGCCAGGGACGCCGGCAAGGAGGGCGCGGACCGACCCACCGGCAUCAAGAGGCGGACAGACAAUCUGAUCCGCGCCGAUCUAGUGAAGUGCCACUCCCAGGACAACAUCAACGUGAGGUUGAAGCGUUUCUUCGGUUCCACGGUGAAGAAGACCGUGGACGCGGCCAAGUCCCUGGCGCAGGAGGUGUCCCACGCGCGUCACAAGGAGGACGUGGCGGACAUAGUGGACGAGGUCAGGGGAGAACAUAACGUUAAACUGAAGGCCUCUAACUCACACAAAGGACCUUACGACUUCGACGGAUGUGUCAGAUAUGUUCAGGAGAUGGGUUCGGCGCACGCCGGGGCGGUGUGGUGUUGUAAGUUCAGCGUGUGCGGGCGAUUGCUGGCCACGGCGGGCCAGGACCGGCUACUGAGGAUCUGGGUCACCAGGGACGCCUACCACCUGUUCCAGGACAUGCGAACCAAAUACAACGCAGAGAAGAAAUCCUCGCCGACUCCUUCCCAGGAGUCCCUGCCGUCUAUGGCGGCGCCACCCCCGUCCCCGGAGGACACGCCCCUCGGCCCCUCCGCCCCCUUCUGUCCCAAGCCGUUCUGCACGUACUCCGGCCACACGUCCGACCUGCUGGACGUGUCGUGGUCCAAGAACUACUUCGUGCUAUCCAGCUCCAUGGACAAGACGGUCAGGUUGUGGCACAUCUCCCGGGGCGAGUGUCUGUGCUGCUUCCAACACAUCGACUUCGUGACCGCCAUCGUCUUCCAUCCGAGGGACGACAGGUACUUCCUCUCGGGCAGUCUGGACGGGAAACUGAGGCUGUGGGACAUACCCGAUAAGAAGGUGGCCGUGUGGAACGAGGUGGACGGCAAGACGAAGCUAAUAACGGCAGCAAACUUUUGUCAGAACGGCAAAUUCGCCGUGGUCGGGACGUACGACGGCAGGUGCAUCUUCUACACGACGGACCAGCUGAAGUAUCACACGCAGAUAGACGUGCGCUCCACGCGGGGCAAGAACUCCACGGGACAGAAGAUCAGCGGCAUAGAACCCAUGCCCAACGACGACAAGAUACUCGUCACCUCCAACGACAGCCGCAUCAGGCUCUACGACCUGCGGGACCUCAACCUGUCCUGCAAGUACAAGGGAUACGUGAACGUGUCCAGUCAGAUAAAGGCGUCCUUCUCCCACGACGGGAAGUACAUAGUCAGCGGCUCGGAGAACCAGUGCAUCUACAUCUGGAAGACCUGCCACGACUACUCCAAGUUCACGUCCGUGAGGAGGGACAGGAACGACUUCUGGGAGGGCAUCAAGGCGCACAACGCGGUGGUCACGUGCGCCGUGUUCGCGCCCAACCCCGACCACAUGAUACGGACAAUAACGGAGCGCGAGGAGCGCGGCAGGGCAGCCAGCGGCGCGGCCGGGGACGCCGGGGACGCCAAGGGCGAGGGUCUGGUGUCGUCGUCGCAGGCCGGUCACGUGCUGGUGAGCGCCGACUUCAGCGGGGUCAUUAAGGUGUUCGUGCACCGGGCGAGACCCAAACACAGCUCGCUGCCGGCCUCCGCGCUACAGUAGUAGGCGGGCCACACACACACACACAAGGAUCGUCAACACGCACUCCCACACGCGUAGUUUAAACGGCGAGCUAUAUUAAUCGCAGAUAAAGUAUUUCCUCCCUUCCCUCCCCCCGCUCGGCCGUGUAUUUAUUCUGUGCGUACAUUCACGCUAAGCUUAGUGUGAGCAACACUGUUUCCGGGAUUCUUUGAACAUGUCUUAUAAAUUAUCUUCAUUGUUAAGUUCUGAGAGUCCCGCGCGAGUGCAUCCGAUCGUUGUGUAUAUCGAUGUUUGUUAAUAUAUAAAGCAAUGUAAUAUAUAUCUGUUUCGGGAGUGUUUAUGAGAUUUAUAUAAAAAACGCCUUUUGUUAUUGAAGUUGAAUAUUCGACUAUGAAUUUAUAUGUUAGGUGUGUCCGGUGGCGCUGCUCGUGCGGCGCGUCACUACUGUACUCGGGACAUCGCCGGAUCGUUCGCUUGUUCUCGUUUCAGUGUACAUUUACUGUAAGUGUAAUAUUUUUGUAUCUUGCCCCGACGCAGCCGACGUGGUCGUAUCUCUAAGCUACCCGAUGCCAUGUUGUUUGUAUAAAGAUGUUCAGUGUAUAUUGUAGGUCGCAUUUACCAUGUAAUAAAUCGUUAUAUUACUUA